CGAAAAACCUGAAAAGGGACCAAACGGUCGUGCUGGAUUUACUCGCGACGCUGACCCUCGGGUGUCAAAUCACGAAAGCGUUGACACUGCAAGGGUGCAUGGAGAUCGCGAACCCGUCGUGUCGGAGCGCAAACCUUCGCCGGUCUCUGCACGCGGCGCGGAAGAGCGUGUUCGAGCAGUUGCGAAAAAUAAUGGUGUUCACCUGUUCGCGCCGUGAUUUCUCCGGUUUGAGCGAAGACCUGGACACACUUUUGUCCCAGCACCCGCUGCUGUGCUUCAAUCCGGUGUUUACCCACCAGGGCGGGGGCUUUGUGCCGGACGGCUGUCUGGAAAUGGAGAUUGACAGCAGCUUGAAGCCGAUGAACGUGGACGGUCUCCGCCCGGUCACCGGGCAAGCGCACGACAGUGCCGGCGUCUCGUAUCAAAUGUAAAAGUGUCUGGGUCUGGUUCUGGAAGAGUCAUGCUGUUUCUGCAUGACACAGAAGGUCUGGCAUGGAAGCUCUAGCAUCACAAGUUUCGAGAAGCCUCCGCAAUGCCGAAAGAAUCCGCAUGACAAACCCACCUUCCCUGCGUGACAGCCAUCUGCGGCUGUUUGCACAGGGGGAGGCAAAGUGUGUCGCACUUCGGUUUAGCAUGACAAAUCCCUGCUUUUGGUAACAGAAAGUGGGAACUUUUGCUGCCUAUGCAUGAGAGAUUUUUCUGUGUUCUGAAAUGCGCAUCACAAGUUUGAAAUCUUCCAGACCCAGACAUUUUUACAUUUGAUAUCUCGGAGCUUCCGACAAAUCUCACCGCAAAACAGGUGGUGCAGGAGCGGCGAGCCGGGCAGAAGCCGCCGACGUUCAGCCCGACCUCUCCGUUGAAGAUGGUGAGUGCGGAACACGAUGAGGUGCUGAUCGGGCCGGGCGUCCAGUGGGACCACCGAGACGACGAAAAGUUUUACAACCUGACCAAACAAGCGGAUACGAACCGGGAGGUCGUUUCCGCCGAGGCAGCGGCGUUGAUU